AUCGUUGCGCUCUUUUCAAACAACGUCUUAGUCCUCUCAACUUCCCACUACAAAGCGCAAUCUCUCCUACUGUGCAAAAUUGAAAAGAACCUGAGAAAGAAAAAAAUUCAGGAAACAUGAGUUCGGCCGAAACCCUAGCGGUCACUACCGCCCAAGAAGACGAAGAGUACUUGUCCGCUAUCAAACAAAACAUGAUCUCGUGCGUUCCCCUGAUCUUGAAGGCCACCAUCGAGCUCGGCAUCCUCAAGCUCUUGUCCGAGAGCUCUGCUCAGCUCUCGCCCACUCAGAUCGCGUCCCGCCUCUCCAUCAAGAACCCUGAUGCCGGUGUUGCCAUCGACCGCAUCCUGCGUUUGCUCGCCAGCUUCUCUUUCCUCUCGUGCACCCUCACGCAGGACAAAGCCGGGCGGCCUGAGAGGAUUUAUAGCCUGGGCCCCUUGAGCAAGUACUACGUGAAUGAGGAAGGGGCUAGCAUGGCGCCCUGGUUGCUUAUGCUCUUUGACGAGGUUUCCUUGAGAUCAUGGUUUUACUUAAAAGAUGCAGUGAUUGAGGGAGAAGGCGACCCUUUCAAGCUGGCGAACGGUACGACCCUCUUUGACUACACCGGGACAGACCCGAGGUACAACAGCUACUUCAACAAUGCCAUGAAGUGUAUGUCUACCAUUUUCAUGGGCAAAUUCAUGGACACUUACCCUGGAUUCGAGAAUGCCAAAACAGUUGUCGACGUUGGCGGCGGUGUUGGCGAAUGCCUUAAGCUUAUACUCUCCAAGCACCACCACCUCCGGGGCAUAAACUUCGACCUACCCCAUGUUGUCAAAAAUGGGCUUUCUCAUCCCGGUUUGGAGCAUGUAGGAGGGAGCUUUGUGGAUGAUCCCAUCCCAAAAGGAGACAUCCUCUUAGCGAAGUGGCAAUUCCAUAGUUUCGCGGAUGAUUUCGUCAUACAGCUCCUGAAGAGAUGCUGGAAGGCAUUGCCGGCAUCGGGCAAGGUGGUGGUCAUAGACCCAGUCAGCCCGGAAUACCCAGGGACGGACCUAGUGACCCGGGCCACAUUCACUUCCGAUAUGGUCAUGCUGGCGUUGCCUCCAGGAGGGAAAGAUCGGACGAUGAGGGAAGUCGAGGUCGUGGCCCACGCGACCGGGUUCAGCUCCCCGAAAGUGGGCUGCCAGGUCCUCAACAUGUGGGCGCUUGAGCUAUAUAAAAUCGCCUAAUUCACUUGCUUGAAAACCCUCUCCCGCAUCGAUCUUACCUUACCCUAUGUCGUAUUGUGUCCAACUUUGAUUUCCAAUUAAAUAAAACUGUUCUUGUCAUGCUUUCAACUUUUCUA